AUGCAGUUCACCAAGUCGACCAUCGCCUUCCAGGCCCUCAUCCUCGCCGUCCUCGCUGUCGCCGUCCAAGUUCAGGCCCAGAGCAGCAUCUCUAGCAGCAUUGCCAGUGCCGCCGCGAGCGCCACCUCGCGUGCCAGCAGUGCCAGCAGUGCCGCCAGUGCUAGCGCCAGUGCUUCAAGCAUCGCCAGCAGUGCCUCCUCGAGUGCCAGCAGCGCACUCAGCCGCGCCUCUAGCAGCGCAUCCAGUGCUCUCAGCAGUGCCGCCUCGAGCGUCAGCAGCGCUGCCAGCAAGGCUGCCAGCAGUGUUGCUUCCAGCGCCUCGUCCGGGCCCGGCAACGCUGCCGCGGGUCAGACCAUGAACCUGCCCCUCAACGCCCUUGCUGCGACUUUCACCGUGCUGUUCGUUUCGGCGGUUGCUGGCACGCUCAUUCUCUGA